GCUUUGACGUUUUGUGCAUUCUUUGCACUGCUAAAAUGGAACAAAAUGGUAUACAGAGGGAGAAGAAUGCCACCAGGAGCAAUGGGUUGGCCUUUUGUUGGGGAAACUCUAGAUUUUCUCACACAAGGACCAGAUUUCAUGAAAGGACGCAGAUCAAGGUAUGGAAAUCUUUUCAAGACUCAUGCAUUAGGCUCUCCUAUUAUCGUUAGCAUGGAUCCUGAUGUCAAUAGAUACAUACUCAUGAAUGAAGCAAAAGGUCUAGUUCCUGGCUACCCCGACUCUAUGAGGAAGAUACUAGGGAAUAACAUUGCUGAGGUUCAUGGUCUUGUGCAUAAACGAAUUAGAGGAUCACUAUUAUCUCUCAUUGGUCCAAUUGCUGUUAAAGAUCGUCUUUUGCUUGAAUCUGAUGAGUUUAUGAGGUCUAAUCUUGACAAUUGGGAUGGUAAAAUAAUUGAUGUUCAACAGAAAUCCUUAGAGAUGUCAUUCUUUGUUUCGAUGAAAGCGGUUGUAGAAAAUGAAUCAACAUCUUUUCUUGAGUCCUUCAAAUCAAUAUUCGAUAACAUUAAAGAAGGAACAAUAUCCUUGCCAAUUAAAAUUCCUGGAACCAAAUAUUAUCGAGGACUUAAGGCUAGGGAAAAAGUGGUUGCGAUACUAGAAAAGCUCAUAGCCAAAAGAAGAGCUUCUCAAUCUACUCAUGAUGACAUUCUUGAUCGGCUUAUAAGAAAUGAAGAUGUCAAACACAAACUAAAUGAUGAAGAAAUAAUUGAUCAAAUAAUCACAAUCUUGUAUUCGGGUUAUGAAACAGUAUCAAUCACUACAAUGAUGGCUAUCAAAUACCUCACCGAUUACCCAAGAGUUCUUCAGGGAGUAAGGGAUGAGCAUUUUGCAAUUCAACAAAGGAAAAUGCCAGAAGAACUUAUCACCUGGGAUGACUACAAGAAUAUGAGCUUUACUCGUGCGGUUAUAUUUGAAACCAUGAGAUUGGCUAGUGUUGUUAGUGGGGUGCUGAGAAGGACUACUACUGAUAUUGAAUUGAAUGGCUUUAUCAUUCCCAAGGGAUGGAGAGUUUACUCUUACACAAGGGAGACUAACUUGGAUCCCUUCCUUUAUCAAGAACCCUUUACUUUUAAUCCAUGGAGAUGGCUGGAGAAUGGCUUGGAGUCUCAUAAUCACAACAUGUUGUUUGGAGCAGGAGGUAGGGUGUGUCCUGGAAAGGAAUGGGGCAUACUUAAGAUCAGCCUUUUCCUUCAUUACUUUGUGACUAAAUACAGGUGGGAAGAAGUUAAGGGAAACGAACUUUUAAAGUUUCCAAGAGUGUUGGCACCAAAAGGACUACAUAUAAAUAUCACAAAAUAUUAG